GAAGACUUCUCUUGUCAAACUCGACUCGAGUUAGCUUCUUCUGCAGGUGAGAGUUUGAAAGAUAUGGACAAGGAAAUGGAUCAAGAACUGAAGUGGCUCGAAGCCCAGAAGAUAGAGAUAAGCGUUGACCUCUUCUCUGCAUCCAAACAACAGCUUCAGUUCCUCGGAACUGUUGACCGGAACCGGGGGCUCUACGACGGCCCUGCACUUGAAAGAGCCAUCUACAGAUACAAUGCUUACUGGCUUCCUUUGCUCGCAAACUACACUGAGUCUUCUUCGACCUGCCAAGGACCAUUAGUCCCUCCUCUUGACUGUGAAUGGGUUUGGCAUUGCCACAGGCUUAAUCCGGUGAGGUACAAGACUGAUUGUGAGGAACUCUAUGGGAGAGUCCUUGACAAUUCUGGCGUUUUAUCUUCCGUAAAUGGAAGCUGCAAUUUACAAACUGAGAAUCUAUGGAAGAGAUUGUACCCUAUGGAGCCUUAUGACCUUGACUUGGAUAAGGCCAUCUCAGAGCCAGUUCUUGAGAAACGCACCACCACUUAUGAUCUUGUUUCAGCUGUCAAGAGGCAAUGUCCAUUUUACUACCAGGUAUCAAGAGCUCAUGUAGACAAUGAAGUCUUCCUACAAGAAGCUGUGGCUAGAUACAAAGCGUUUCUUUACUUGAUCAAGAGAAACAGAGAAAAUUCCAUUAAGCUUUUCUGUGUUCCGACUUACGACAUAGAUCUUAUCUGGCACACACACCAGCUCCACGCUGUCUCUUACUGCAAGGACUUGACCAAGAUGAUUGGUAAUGUCUUGGAGCAUGAUGAUACAGACUCUGACCGUAGCAAAGGUAAGAAGCUUGACACUGGUUUCUCUGGAACUACUUCUCUGUGGGAGGAAACAUUUGGUCGAAGGUAUUGGAAAGCCGGUGCUAUGAACCGAGGUGACACCCCAAAGCCAGUCACAACUUCUCCUUAUAUUUUCUUGGGAAAGAAGUUACCUUCGAAAGAGGAUGCAAUCAAGUUUCCAGAGGUGCAAGUCACUGAGGUUGUCUUGGAGAUUGUUGGGGUCAAAAACUUACCAGACACUCAUCAAGGAAAUGUCUUUGUUGUGUUCAGCAAAACACAACCUGAUUCUCUGUUUAACACUGAGCGUAAGCUUACGGCUUGUGGUGAAAGGCAAGUUGCUAUGUUCAAGUGUGAACCUACAGGAGAGCUUAGUUUCCAACUAAUGUCUUCUAAGUCUAAAACCUUAUUAGGUUCUGCUUCUUUGUCACUUUCUGAGUUUCUUUCUCCGGUUACUAGACUCUCUGUUGAGAAGUGGUUGGAGUUAACAACACCAGUUCAAAGGGGAAAAGCCAUCUCUCUACGAGUUGCUGUCUCCUUCACUCCACCAACUCGUAGCCCGACAGUUCUCCACUUGGUUCAAGCAAGACCAUCUCUGAAUGACUCUAGUUCCACACGAGUUGUUGAUGAGACAGAAACAGAAGUGAUAAGUCUCCAUAUGAGGAACCACAACAAUGCAAGACAAGUGAUUGGUGUGAAAGCGAGUGGUGAAACUCUUGUUCUGGCAACUUAUGAUGGGUGUGUCUGGUCUUUGCUUGACGCAAAAUGGUCACUUAAGCAAACAAACAACCCUGAUGGUCCUGUGUUUGAGAUUUUAGGUGUGAGAAUGGUGAAAGUUUAUUAUGGAAGGAAGCUGGAGUAUGAGACAAAACAUUGGGCAAAGCUAAGAAGUGAGCAAGAUUUCUUGACAGCUGUCGAAUUCUCAAAGCAGCAUCCUUAUGGUAAAGCUGUGGGGUUGCUAGACUUGAAGUUUGGUUCUUUUGAGGCUAAUGAGAAAUGGUUGGUUUUGCCUGGAUUAGUAUCUGCUUUCAUACUCAAUGAUCUUCUUAAGAAGGAAAGCUUUUGUGGAGCUGAUCAAGACAUAGUGAAAGGUAAUGGAAUAACUGUGAAGCUAGAAGAAGAAACAAUGAUGCAUGUGAAGAUCAAUGGCGGUGCUAGGUGCUUGUCCAAGGAGCUUAACAGUGGGAACAUGGUGGAAGAAGAAGGUGGUCAUUGUGGUGGUUGUGGUGGAUGUGGAGGAUGUGGCAGUGGCAGUGGGUGCGGAGGAGGCGGUGGAAGAUGUGGUAAUAUGAUGACCAAUGAAAAUGUUACCACAGGUGGCGGCUCCUGCACUGGCGGUUCCACUGGAUGCGGUGGGUGCGGUGGAGGAUGUGGUAACAUGAUGACCAAUGAAAAUGUUCCAUCAUUAGUAGCGGAAGCUCCCAUCGACGCAGUUGCAGCUUGAUUAUUUAAAUAAAGAUGAGCGAUAUUAAGUUAUAUCUAUGUGAUGUUAGCAAAUGGACUAACAAUAUAAUAAAACUAAUGAGAUGUGUUGUUA